UCCCGACCCACAGCCGCACCACCUCCAGCUGGGCUAAAGUGUCCGGGCUCUCCCAGAACCGGGCGGACGGGCUGCUGUCUUUCUUCCGAUGCGCGGUGGCCCCGGAGCUGGUCUGGCUCGUCCCAGGAACGCCGAGGCCCUGAGGAUCCAAUGGGCGUCCAGGGUCUGACCACCUUUGUGGAGGGGAACACGCACCUCCUCCAAGACGUGAAGUUUAGGGACAGCAACCUGGUUAUUGAUGGCUCCAGUCUGUACUACCACCUCUACUUCAACUCCUCCUUGGACCAGCAACACGGUGGAGACUAUGAUGGCUUUGCUCGCCGAGUUAUCAACCUUCUCUCAGCGUUGGCAGCCUGCAACAUCCGGCCCUAUGUGGUACUUGAUGGAGGUAUGGAUCCCAGUGACAAGAAGUUUUCCACUCUACGACAACGUCUACAGUCCAAGAUAAAGGAGGCAGAUAAUCUCUCUCAUGGCCGCAAUGGCUCCAUUCUCCCGAUCCUCACAAAAAACGUCUUCAUACAGGUCCUCCUCCAGAGAAGAAUCCCACUAGUCCAGUGUCCAGCUGAGGCUGACAGGGAGAUUGCAUGUUUGGCUCAUCACUGGAAAUGUCCAGUUCUAGCCAACGACAGUGACUUUUAUAUCUUUGACCUGCCAGGUGGUUACCUACCGCUGAGUUCUUUCCAGUGGACCAACCCUAACGGUAAAGCCCCUGACCGCUACAUCUCAGCUCGGUGCUAUACCACUAACGGCCUUUGUCACUUGUUUGGAAGCAUGAACCGGGAGUUGCUACCCUUGUGUGCCGUCUUGAAUGGAAAUGACUAUGGCACUCCAAAAGAGGCUGAAACACUCCUUGCUGUGUUAAAUGUGAAUGCAUUAGUGAGGGGUGGUGGCAAGGGUAAAGGUAGCGCAACACAAUCCCGCAUCGGGGGCCUCCUCCUCUGGCUGUCUUCUUUUUCAACCCCGGCGGCAGCCCUGGAGGAGGUGAGCGGGUUAAUGGGGGAAGGAAGCGGUAGGGGCAACAGAGGACAGGGGGGUGGGUUGAGUUCAAAGCUGCGGGCUGGUAUGCAGGAGUACCACAUCACCCCUCAAAGCUCUUUAGCUCACUGGUUCUCUGGAGAAAAGGUAGCUCUAGGAGGGCAUAUCUCUCAGCUCGCAAAGCUGCCAGAAUGGCUUACCCACACUGCACUGAAGGGGCAGUUGACUGCCAUGGCGGUGGAUGCUCUGGUGAUGAACAGGGUUCUGCUGAUCCCCCAGGUUGAGAACAGCAAACUGUCCAGCAGCCACUGUAGUGCCGUAGCUAUACGUCAGGCUAUAUAUGGCAUUCUACAGCAAAGAGGCCCGGUUAACGUGUCUCAGGGUAAAGGUGGCAGCAUGCAGCUAUCAAAGGGACCAGGAGGUGCUGUUAAAGCACAGGAUAAGACGGUACAAGAAAACAUGAGCCAGGGUAUGAGAGGUGGCCAAAGGGGAAGAGGAAGAGGAGGUGGUAACGGAAGUAGAGAUAUGGCUCAGGGUGUAAAUGUGGGAAUUAAUAUUGAAAAAGCAGCUGGUGGGGCUACAAUGCAUGCUCAGGGCUCCACCACCCCAAUUUGUGUGGACGAGUAUGACCGUAUGGAUCUGAACUUGAAGAAAAACACAGUGGAGGCCCAUCCACCCGGAACCCCAAUAUGUCUGGAUACACUUGACCAGGCUCCUGUCGGGCUUCGUCUUUGUGUGCUGUUGGAAGUCUUAGGGGUUAAAGAGUCUGCGCUGGCUGCCGUUCCCCUCCACCUGAGGCUCGCUGUAGCAGUGACAGGCUUCUGGCUGCGAGAGGCCACACCCAAGCCCCCACAGCAUGUGCUUCAGGCUUUGAUGCUGUGCAUGGUUCAUGGAGAAGUGUCCCGCAACAACCAGCCUAGUGCUGCCCGUCAACAAAAUGCUGUUCAACAGCAAAACUGGGCUGCAGAGCGCGAUGUGUGCGCCGGGCUGGACCGACAACGUGUAAGAACAGGGGAGAGACGAGGCUUGGACAUUGGAGCGACUCACAUUUUCAGCCAGUGGCAGGCCUGCCUCUGGAGUGCCAUGUGUCUCAACCAGCUUCUGCUGCUGCCGCUGCCUGAACCCUUCCUGUCAUGGUUGUUCAGCGGUACCUUGCUGCACGGCCUGCUCGGGUAUAUAAAAGGGGGAAGAGCAGCUGAGUCUCUCCUCGCUGGGGGAACCUUUUCUGGACAACUUUACUUCUCCCUCCUGAAUGCUGUGAGGAAAUGCAGCUCCAAAGCCCAUCCCUCCUCUUCAGCAGCAGGGAGGGGGAAGAGAGGCGGUGGCCGAGGGAGGAGAGGACGACGGGGAGGCGGGAGAGGAGCUCGGGGAGGCGGGCAAGGGACAGAGGAGAUGAUCAACAGGUUCACUCUUCUGAUGGAAGACGACGACUCUGAUUAUGAUUGAUGAGGUGGCAGAUUGCGAGGGGUCAAACAAGGCAGGACAUUCCAGUGGUUUAUAAAAAAAACAACAUGCUCAGGGAAUGCUUGGAGUGGUCAUUUUCCACUGAAGGUCAACACCUCUUCCUGUUUAUAACUGCGCUUCAACCUCCUUAACCAUGUUGCACUAUUUUAGCCUCUACUUGCUUUUAAUAUUCAACUUUCUGUUGCCAUCUCCAAUCAUGUGAUGCCAAGACGUACGUAUAUCCGAAUGUCUUUGUUUUUCCAAAGCACAGCCAUAUUUUAGCAAAUGCUUUUUUAUCAUUAAUCCAUCUGUUUUCAACCUGACAGUUUUAUCAACCUAUGUCAACACUAGAGUAACAUGUUGAGAUAUCUUAAUCCAUUAUUAGUGUAUGGCAGCUGAUGUCAUGUUAAUCAGCAACACAUGAACUUUUAUGCCAUUUUAUCAGUGAUGUCUUAAUACGUGAAUGAAUGAAUUUGGGGCCUUUGAGUUGUUUACCAACCUUUCUAUAUAAAAAAAAUAUAUAUGAUAUAUAUAAAAUCAAA